GUCGCCGUAUCAUUACCGUGUGGUUUCCGUCACCUAGUGGCAAAUUCCGUAUGAGCAAUUUACCACUGCCGAAACUUCCGUCUCUCAACCCACACGACAUCAUUGACCUCAGCUAAGCUUCCCAACAGCACCUGAGCGGAAAAAAAAAAUGACGUUCGUGGCCGUCGCCGUGAACGGAGGCGAAGGCAUCGGAGGAAGAGGAAGCAGACGCGCACUCCGUUGGGCCGUCGAGAAUUGCCUGCCGGCCGCCGAUCGGUUCGCCUUAGUCCACGUCAUGCCAUUCGUCACUUCCGUCCCCACUCCAUCCGGCGAUCGGAUUCCGGUAGAAGAGCUGGACGGGAAAGUGGUGGCGCUAUACUUGCAGGAAGUGAGAAAGGAAGUUGAAGAAAUUUUCGUGCCGUUUGUGAGGCUCUGCAGAGAACGAGCGGCGAAGAACGUGAAGGUUGAGACCUUGGUACUGGAGGAUGACAACCCAGCGGCUGCCCUGGUGAGAUGUGCAAGUCAAUUGGGGGUCACUACUUUGGUGAUGGGUUCUUGUUCUGCUAGUUGCUUACUGAGGCGAAAGCAAGCUGGCUUGCCUGCAAAUGUGUACAAGUCUGCUCCUGUGGCGUGCAACGUGCAUGUGGUACACAGAACUAAGGUGAAGACAAAGUUAGCUACUUCCUCUAUCAUCGCUGAUAUCAGCUCUAGAUGUGAGGUAGUUGGAGAAAAUGACUACAAGAAGUUGCUGACUGGUAUUGAUAACCAAGCUUCGGAGGUCCCCUCUUUCUCUAGAGAUUCUAAAGCUGUGACAUGCUUUGAUUCUUCAUCGGUGUCAGAUCUUUGUUGGGUAGAUAUUCAAGCAUUAGAAAAUGCACCCAACCCUUUUCAUGGCAGUUUAUGUAUGGAAGGAGUGGGGGAUACACUGGAAUACAAUGUGCUAUCCUCAAGCGUCGAGAAGUGUUAUUCUACAUCAUCAUCUAAACGUUCCCAGUCAUAUGUGUACGAUGAGGUAGAGAAACUGCGGCAGGAGUUACGGACUACAAUAGCCAUGUAUAAACAAGCCUGUGAGGAGCUAAUUCACACGCAGAACAAGGUGGAGUUGCUAUCUUCUGAGUGUAUUGAGGAAUCAAGAAGAGUGAUGGAUGCCCGUGAAAGAGAAGAAACUUUGCAGAAGAUUGCUGCUGAAGAGAAAGCAAGAUGUGCCAAUGCAAUGGACGAGGUUGACAAGGCCAAGGAGUUGCUUGCCAAUGAGGUUUAUGAAAGGCAAGUUGCAGAGUUGAAAGCCAAUAAAGAAUCCUCAGGAAAACAGAGAAUUGUAGAUAAGAUGUUUGCAAGUGAUGCAAGGUGCAAAAAGUACACAAAGGAUGAAAUAGAAGUAGCAACAGAGUUCUUUGCUGAAGAUAAAGUGAUUGGUGAGGGAGGGUAUGGGAAAGUUUACAAAUGCAGCGUUGAUCAUACCCCAGUAGCUAUUAAGGUUCUUCAGCGAGAUGCCCUGGGCAAGAAAGAGGAAUUUCUACGAGAGGUGCAAGUUCUAAGCCAAUUACGCCAUCCAAAUCUCGUCCUGUUGCUUGGGGCAUGCACUGAGAGUGGUUGCCUAGUCUAUGAGUACUUGGAAAAUGGAAGCUUGGAAGAUUGCCUCUUGAACCAUAGUGGGAAAACUCCUCUUCCUUGGUUCGUUCGUUUCAAGAUCGUCUUUGAAAUUGCUUGUGGGCUCUCAUUCUUGCACAACUCAAAGCCAGAGCCCAUUGUCCAUCGUGAUCUGAAACCAGGGAAUAUACUUAUAGACAGAAACUACGUGAGCAAGAUUGGAGAUGUUGGUUUGGCUAAACUCAUUACUGAGGUUGUCCCUGACAAUGUCACCGAGUACAGAGACUCUAUGCUUGCCGGUACCCUUUUUUACAUGGAUCCUGAGUACCAGAGGACGGGGACCAUCCGCCCCAAGUCGGAUCUCUAUGCCUUUGGGAUUAUAGUUCUCCAGGUGCUGACCGGCCGCCGCCCAAAUGGACUUCUGGUGCGUGUGGAAGAAGCAGUUAGGAGUGGCACCUUGGCCAACAUUCUGGAUCCAUCCAUUGCAGAUUGGCCACUUGAUGAAGCUAAGGAGCUUGCCCAAAUUGCUCUGAACUGUGUAAAGCUUCGCUGCAGAGAUAGGCCAGAUCUUGAUACUGAAGUACUGCCAGUUCUUAGAAGACUCAGCGAAGUAGCAGAUGCUAGCAUGAAGACAGAGAGAGGCAGCAUCUAUGCACCAAGCUACUAUUUUUGUCCAAUCCUUAAGGAAGUAAUGGACGAUCCUCACAUCGCUGCUGAUGGUUUUACCUACGAAAAAAUAGCCAUCAAGACAUGGCUGGAGAGGCACAACAUUUCUCCAGUGACAAAGCUUCGACUCCAACAUUCUGACUUGACCCCAAAUCACAUGUUACGCUCUGCGAUUCGUGAAUGGAUGUCUCGGGUGAAUUCUCAAUAGCUUUUCAAAGCAUCACUAAUCUUGUAUCAUCAAAAAGGUUGCUGCCCAAGUUUCUCCCCUGUAACUCAUCUUCCUUUAGAAGUCGAUGAUGACCGUUUGUCAGCAGUACUGUACAGCAUAUGGUACACUCGGAGCGAAUUGAGAAAAAACGAAACUGAUUACAGAAAGUUGUAAUUCAUAACAUAAGAAACCAGCAUAUACACA